GUAAGUGAAUCCAUUCUUUGUAAGUAAAUCCAACGUAUGUUUCGAUAAUGAAAACGUCCCGAGCGGUCUAAACAUUCCGAUCAUCCAUAAAAAUUUCACGAUUCCUUCAAACUGCGCCAAACUGUCAGUUCGGAAGGUUCAAAAACACAUGUGACACUCCAGUCUAGCCAAGACCACCCCACAAAAUCAUCUAGUUACAUCUAGUAAUUUCGUGUUGUCCCCAAAUCGAUCAUUUUCACGAACAUUCCCUACAUUAUCGAUACAAAAAAAUAUAGCUCUCAACACAUAAAAAAAAGACACACGUGCCAUAACACGCGUGAAGCGGCACUUAAAGGCGGUUAACCUCUAUUUACAAUUGCCCUAAUCGUUGUGUCUCCAAAUCAUCAACAAAACAGUCCACAAUUAGUCAUCAAGAUGACAGACAAUGUGCCAGACCUGGUGUCGAGCCACGAGAUGGAAUUGGAGUGCAGUGAUGAUGAGAGGGGAGACGACUGGGAUGAGAUUGAGGAUGACACAUGUAGAAUCAUCUGUUUAUUCUGCGAGAAGGAAUCUAGGGGAUAUUCAGAGGGCACGAAACACAUGAAAAGUUCUCAUGGGUUAGACCUCGCAAAAUUCAUAAGGGAUCGACAAUUGGAUGAUUACACGUACAGGAAGUUCGUUAAUUACGUUAGGAAGCAUAAACCAUCCCCUGGGGAUCUCGCCGGGUGUGAGAAACCCUGGGAUAGUGACGAGUACCUGGUGCCUGUUCUUCAGGAUGAUGUUUGGCUCAUGCUGGAUAUUGAGGAGCUGGAGGAGCAGGGAGGGUGCCCAGAGGACUCGACGAAAGCCGCCUCGUUCCCCGUGAAUUGUGAGAAUGGAUGUGUUACGUUGUCUGAGACACAUUUCGCGGAGUUGCAGAGGACGAUUCAGUCACUGCGGGCACAGGUGGAGCAGAGGGAAGCUGCUUGCUAUCUAGCUAAGCAGCAAAUCGAUGAAAUGCAGAAAAAGGUCCAAAGUAUAAUGUUCGACGACGAGCCCGAAAGACGAUCGAAAAGAUGUGUGAAAAACUUAGGAGCUGUUGACGAUGAAGGAUACUUCAACACCUAUAGUCACUUCGCGAUUCACCACGAAAUGUUAACCGACACUGUCAGAACAGAGAGCUAUCGAGAUGCUCUUCUGACAAACUCCCACAUUUUCAGAGACUGCACGAUGCUGGACGUGGGCUGUGGGACAGGGAUCCUCUCGAUGUUCGCAGCAAAAUCUGGAUGUAAGCGAGUCCUCAGUGUUGACCAGUCCGAUGUUAUCUACCAUGCGAUGGAUAUUGUCAGGGAGAAUAAUCUCAAUGACGUGAUUGAGUUGAAGAAGGGAAGGCUUGAGGACAUUGAUCUGGGGGUCGAUAAGGUUGACGCCAUCGUGUCUGAAUGGAUGGGCUAUUUUCUGUUGUUCGAGGGGAUGCUAGACACUGUUAUUUACGCCAGGGACCAUUACCUAAAACCUGGAGGUAAACUACUGCCUAAUCGUUGCACCCUGAGUCUAGUUGGAAGUGGAGACACAAAACGAUACAUCGACCUAGUCGACUACUGGUCCAAUGUUUAUGGCUUUAAAAUGAGUUGCAUGAAGGAAAAGGUUGUUAAGGAACCCAGUAUCGAAGUCUGCAGUGCCAAGGACAUCGUCACAAGUGUCUCUCUAAUUCAGGAUUUCGAUCUCUUCACUGUGAACACCAGCUGCAUGGACUUUACUACAGCUUUUGAGCUGACUGUCAAGAAGACUGGCUCGUUGACUGCCAUUGUUGGAUAUUUCGACGUCUUUUUCGAUCUCGAUAAUCCCAUUUCGUUCAGCACUGGACCGCAUGCAAAACCUACUCACUGGAAACAAACUGUUUUCUCACUUAAUGAGCCCAUUAGUAUUACAGAAGGUGAGACAAUACCUGGAAAAAUAAUCUGCAGACGACAUCCCAAGGAUGUCAGGGCCUUAAUUAUCACCCUCCAUGUUCGAGAUUUUCGACAAGUAUAUUAUCUCGACUAGACCAACUGCCAAAACUACAAACUCAUUCAAUGAAACGAAUUUUUUCAAUGUUCAAAAUAGUUACAACGAAACAAAUGAUCCUUUCUCCGAUUUAUCAAGAUUUCAAUUAGUCUUGUUCGCUAGAGACUUUUAUCCACUUGAUAAUAGUCAUUCAACAGUUGUCAGUUGACGUUGAUCGAUGAUUUUUCUCGCGUUUUUUCGGGGAUUUUCAAAGACUCAGAUUUAGAGUUUGGAGUUGAAUUAAUUUAGAAGUUGAUCGAUUUCUUCAACUUUUUGAAUAAUCAUUGAUGAUUCACGUGCCUUUAGCAUUUCGACAACAAAUCCAUUUACUAGGAUUAUAUAUGCAUUUUUCAUGCAUACAAUAUCGAUGAUGAUAAUCAUUGUCUCAAAAUCUUUACUUAUAUAUUGCAUGCUGCACAAUCUUACUGCAUAGGGAAUUAAUAUUACUGCAACAGUUUAUUUUUCUGUGAAUUGUAUAUUUUUUUCAUGAGAAAUAUGUACAUUUAUAUCAAUUCGACAAUUCAAUGCAAUUGUUCAAUUAAUUUCACUUGAGGAUGGAGCGGAGCACAAAAUGAUUUUUUUGUUUUAUAUGGAUGAAUUUAUUAAGUUUUGAUGAAUCUUUCUGUUUUUAUUGAGUUCCAAAGUUAUAAAAAAUGAAAAAUCAUAAAAUCGUAAGGAAUUAGAUGUCUUAUAAUGAGAUAAAGCCACAACUGAAUUCAAGUUGUCAGGACACGAUCAAGUAGCUCUCAUCCAUUCUUCCGACCAAAUAAAUUAACUGAAUAAUGAUAAUCUUGUUAGAUUUCAAGCUUUUACAUUCUCAAGUUUGCCAAAAAUUUUAAAUAAAAUGAAAUAUGUUGAGCUUCAUAAUUGUAAUAAGUUAACAGCAUGAACAAUAAUAGUGAAUAAUACUAAGAUUUUUGAGAUUGCGCGGUACUACCUCCUGUGAUAUUAUAGAAAUCGCGAAUUUGACAAUGAACAUUGCCACAAUGAUAAAAUAAUAAAAGUUACAAAGAGAGAGAUGUAAACAGUAAGAGUAUUGCACUUUUUCCUCGCUUUUAUGAGCUUCUGAAACUCAACUUUCAAAAAAUAAUGUAGAUUUUAUUCGAAUAAAUCUUCUUUACAAGUU